AUGUCGCAAGGAGCGAAAGGAAUGCCUGCAUAUAUACUGGAGCCAAGCAACGCUCCCCACGACACGAGCAACCCUUCUUCUGCCUAUUACGAGGCUGAAAAAAGCGAUGCCGCUGCACAGCAGCCCACGCCGCAGCUGUGUUCGCACGGCUUUUGGGAUCCAGAGCUCAAAAGCCUGCGUGUGUCCUACCUGAAACCCGCAGUGAUGGUCACCGUUUCAAUGAUGGUUGUUGUGUGGGCCAUGAUGGCCAUCUACUGGGGCUCGCUAUGGAAAGAAAAUGAUUUCUCGACGCGACAGGAGGCGCUGGUCGUGAACCUCGACAAUGGCAUUAUUGGGCAGACGAUCACCGAUGCGCUCUUGCAGACAAACCAAAGCCCAGUGCGUCCGCGACCCACCUACGUUCUCGGCGAUCCCAACAUGUACAAAGACCGUAGCACGACGGCGAAUACGAUCGAGCCACAACAGACGUACUGGCUCGCGGUCGAGAUUGCAGAGGGCGCAACGGACAGGCUUACCACAGCACGCAUGCAAGGCAAUGCGAGCUACGAUGGUACCGAGCUGAUCCGACUGACCAUUAGCUCCGCGCGCAGCUACUCGACCGUCCCGUCGACCGUGCUUAUUCCCACCCAAAAUGUGCUGCAGCAAGCCAUUGCCGGACUCUCCAAGCGCCUCUCCACCGAGUUUCUCCAGCAGGCGACCCAGCAGCCCAGUCUCUUGCAGGCUGCGCUGCGUGCUCCUCAGACCCUUUCGCAGCCCGUUGGAUUUACUGUGGACGACCUUGCGCCGUGGGACAUUCCCGUCGCGAUUGCACCUACCUUUGUCGGUCUGAUCUACCUGACCAUCAUGACCCUCCAAGUAACCAUGGCAUUGUUUGCUGCACGCCAAGGCAUCCAAAAGUAUCUCACGUUCCGAUCGAUGCUCGCUGUGCGGACUUUGACGCCCGUGCUUGCGUACAUACCCAUAUCGUUGAUGAUCACACUGCUCAACAUUCCAUUUGGUAUACCCUUUGGCCGCACGUUUUCGACGUAUGGCGAAGGCGUCAUGGUAUGGUGGUCUGUAAGCUACGUCGGCAUGCUCGUUUGUGGCAUGUGCCUAGAGUCGGUGAUUACCAUACUUGGCCCGCCGUUUAUCGGCCUCUUCCUCAUCCUAUUUAUCAUCACGAACGUGAGUGUUUCCAACCUGCCCAUCCCCCUUUCCGUGUCGUUCUUUAAGUAUGGGUACGCCAUGCCGUUUUACAACAUCCGCCAAAUGUACCUGUCGAUCAUCUUCCACACGGGAAAGCACAUCCUGAUCCUUAAGUACAUGGGGAUUCUGUGGGCAUGGCUCGCACUCAUUGCGCUCACAUUUCCCCUGUUUGUCUACAUUGACUAUCUGCGCCGCCGCAAAGUGUACCACCACGAGCGCAAGCCCGAGCUGGUCGCCGCGUAG